GGCUCGGCUUCGUGCGCCUCGGCGCGGCUCGCCUCGGGAGGGAGGGAGCGAGCGAGCGCGAUGGCGGUCUCGAGGAAGCUGGCCAUCCGCCUGGCCUACGCGGCCGCCGGCACCGUCUUCGGCCUGUCGGCCUUUCUCUCCUGGAACCUGGUCCCCAGCCUGCGGCAGCCCUGCACCGCCGCCGCCGGAGGGCUCUCCGGUGUGCUGGCAUUCUGGGCUCUCAUCACACACGUGAUGUACGUGAAGGAUUACUGGAGGACCUGGCUGAAGGGUCUGAAGUUCUUCCUCGUGGUCGGCGUUCUCUUCUGCAUCCUCGCCAUGGUUGGUUUCUGUACGUUCCUGGCAGCAGGCAUUACGCAGCGGCAGUCCUUCACAGACCCAAAGAGCUACUACCUGUCCUGCAUCUGGAGUUUCCUCUCCUUCAAGUGGGCCUUUCUCCUCUGCUUAUAUUCGAACCAGUACCGAAAGGAGUUUGCAGACAUCAGCAUCCUUAGUGACUUCUAAGACUUGGACUUCAGUCCCUCUGAGGGAAUGUGUGUGUUAGAGGAUUGCAGGACAUUUGAGCGAGUGCCCGGAGUGCCGGUUCAGCAAGCAGAAAAGCCUACGAAAGCGGGAACCUGUCCCACGUCUGCUUACCCUUUGCCGGUUUCACUUGGGGUUCCUCUUUAACUGCUUUUAUCCAGCUGCUUGGCUGCUUCCGUCAGUCUUGUCUGCAUUACCUUUUGUGUUUUGCUCUUGCUUUGAGGAAGAAUUCGUUCUUUUCACACACCACGAAACCAGGAUUCUGCUCCAAGACCUCUUAGGCCUAGCGUGGGUAUCUGUGUGUGGGUUUCUGUCCCCCAUUUUUUGUGUGUGAAGCCGUGGUUUUGUUUGGGAUGGCUGAAGAAAUUGGUAUGCGUACCCUAGGCCAUCCUUCAUAGCUAAUGAACGACCAGCUGCCAUUUUGUUUUGCUCGUGAGGCGCUCCAUAAAACCCCCAAGAUGGCUGGUUUGUACUACUUUCAUACAGAUGUAUUUUCAUAGAGCAAGGCUUGAUUUCAUUUGGAGAGAAGACUAUUUUGAACACUUUCCCCCCACCCACCCCCCAGUUACAUAUCUCUUCCCCCCCCCCCUUUGUUGCUGUUCACAGCUUUAGGGAGAAGAAAACCUGUGGAUAUUUAUGCACAACAUGGCCCCGACCCUUUUUCUUCUCCAGGCACUUUUAAGGGGGCUGGGGAGUUGAUGUUUUUAAAGUGAGAUUUGUUGGCUCUGAUGUUUUGAACAUGAGUUCUGUUGAAUAUGGAAAACGGGGCAGGGGGGAAACUCCUUCCAAAGCUUAUUGUUUUAGGGUACAUUAACAUUCCAUCUUAUCCCCAAGACGUGUACUAGGGUCCGAAAUGGCAUUAUGAUGUCAGAUUAGUUCGAUGAACAUGUAAUGUCGAUACGAACGCCCAGAUUGAGGGGGAAGGGGGAAGUCUGUGCAGGGGAACUGGUUGUGUCAUCUACACAUUGCCACAUGUGUUUGGACCAAAACGUGUUAACUGCCUCACAGCUUCCACGAGAUGCAUAAUUUGGGUUGGUUGUGUGUUUUUUAAAAGAAAAAGUAGCGAGACAACUGACUCUUAGACGGCAAAGUCUGGCCAGCCGCUACGUUAAAAGCAGCCGCGUUCUUCAUUCGAGUGUGUUCUGUUAUGUGUUUGUUCAUAAGCUCUUUAAAAAAAAAUAGAGGGUUGUGGUUUUUUCCUGUUUUAAUUAGGACACUUUUUUAAUGUCAGGAUUGAUUGGGAACAGAAGAAAUUGGGUGACUGUUACGGUCCAAAGAAAGAAGGGAUCCUCAGAACCUCUCUUUGUUGCUCUGAGCCAAAUUUCUCUAUGUUGGGUCCGAUUGGACAGUUUGCCACUGCAGGGUCAUCCGGUAAUGUUCAAUAGUUCCCUUGAGUCCCAGAGUAUGUCACUUGGAUGGGUUGCAAUACAUCUCUCCCCCUCUACCUUUGGGAUGCAGGUAUACGGGUCUACGAUUUUCUCCUUGACUGUACCUUCUCUGAACAUGGCUUUCUAUCAGAGGGAACCUGUCUGCGAACCUUCCAACCUUAAGUUCACAAGUCUCAUUCAAAGGAAAAACUUGGUGAGAAUUGGUCUAAUAGCAGAUGCACUGCCAGGAAUUUUGUGAUCCAGCUUGUAGUCAACAAACAGCCUUACUCGCUGUCGAAACGAGAUUCACAAUGCUCCCGAAAUGUAUCAGGCUGUUGCUUUCCAACAGCUAUGGAUGACUCCUGGUUGUUUCUAAGCCUGCUAGAGAAGAUGGAACAAGAAUUACGGUCUCCCCCCCCCCCUUUUGUGGAUUAGAAAUUGAACUAGCUGCCAUGGGUGGCCUUGUUGUGGCUUUUAAGUAGCGUCCGCGGCUGCAUGUCGAGUCGAUUUUCACAGGUAGCAGGACUGGUUUGCAGCAAAAAGAACAACCAGUUCCUGAGAUCUCAGAAGCCACUUGUCCUUUUUGAAAAACUGCAUGACCCACAAAAGGGGGGGGAGGAAUCAUCCACUCCCAAUGCUGCAGUGGCUAGAUGAACCAGAGAGCGGAUUAACAGCCCAGAAACAUCUGGAUGGUCUUGCUCUGGCAUAUCUCGGGAGGGAGCUUAGUAACCACAGAAGGUGCCCGUGCGUAAAUCCAAUUGGCUCAUGUUCUGUUGGUUGGAAUUAGGGCAGGAGAACACGCGACGACAGCCAGGGUUGAUUGGCCAUGGUGAAGACUCUGGAAUCCAGCUGUCCAUCCGGCCUUCACCGCAACAUCCCAACUGUCUCGCACUCUGUUGAGAUGCUGCUUUUAUCUUCGUGUUACAUCCCUGUUUAACUCCGCCAUCGGGAACCCUACUAAGUUUGUGUUUUUCCACCCCUCGCACACAAUAUUUGUAGCUCAUGCAACCAGCACAUCAAGCACUGGCUACUCCCAAGCUGCUUUUUGUUACAAAUAAAAGGGGGAAAG